UUAUAGUUACAUAUUUAAAUUGAACUUUUCUUUCCUAAUAUAAUAAUACUAAGAUUGAUAACAAAAAUUACAUUAAAUAAAAAUCAUAUGAGAAGAUUUAUUACAAGCAGGCAUCUUAUAGACAACAAACCUUUUGUUUAGGGUCCUUCCACAGAGCAUCAGCCGCUUGCCUGACUGUGCUAGGCUACAGCAGAAAUGCACGAUACAUUGUGUAUGCUACUUUUUGAUGAACUUCUAAAAUAAAUUACUGUAGUUGGGUAACUUGAAAAUGGAGAGUUAUCCUGCGGUAUACGAAGAGCAGAAUGAUUCUACAAAACAACAAGAGAGACAUUACUACUUACUUUCAGAACUACAAACCCUUGUCAAAGAUUUGCCCAGCUCCUUUCAGCAGCGCCUGUCCUACACCACACUGAGUGACCUGGCUCAGGCACUCAUAGAUGGAACAGUGUAUGAUAUAGUACAGGGACUCCUGGACAUCCAGCACCUGACUGAGAGGAAUCUGUACAACCAGAGACAAAAGCUGCACUGUGAGCAUCGAGCACUCAAGCAGGAUUUGGUUCGUAAGCAUAAAGAAGCCCUACAGGUUUGCAAGUCCCACAACCUUGCCGUUAUGAAAACCAAUCAACAAGGAGAAACUGAGGCUCUGGAGAUUCGAGUGAGAGAGGAGCAAAGGAUGAUGGAUGAGAAGAUUGUGGUGGAGAUGGACCAAAAGGUGAUAGACCAGCAGAACACCUUGGAGAUGGCUGGAGUCCCAGGGUUUUACAUAACCACCAAUCCCCAGGAGCUGACGAUGCAGAUUAACCUGCUUGAACUGAUCCUUAAACUUCAACAGAAAGAGUCCCAGUCAGGAGUUAUGUCAUGAGACAGACACACACACAGACAGGGUCUGAUUGUGUUAACUAAAGCACUGGACACUGAAGAGCAUAUCCUAGAGUGGAUAGACACUUCAAAGAGCAUCCUGUCCUCUUGUUAGUGAGCACUUGAGCGGGGCUGAGGAUUCACGUUCAGGUUCAUGUCCUCAGGUGCUGUGUGUGUUCCCCUAAAUGCACAUGGAAACCAAGAAGUUGUAUUGCUUUGUGAUUCUAUGUAGAAAUCACUGGUUCUGGAUGGUAAUGGGGCCCUGAUGAGAGUGCGGGAAUUUGAAGAAUCACUGAAGGCUGUAGAUACGUUUCUAUUUGUGUUGCCAACUCACUCACAGAUAAAAAAUGGAAAUAAUUUGUAUUAUUCAUCAAGUUAUCAUGUUUGUGAUGACAUUAUUAUUUUUCGUUCAUGUUUAUCAACAAUACAUGUUUUCCAUGCUUUUGGCCACUGUAAAAUGUGUGUUCAUGAAAUAAAGUCAAUUUACUUUGA